AGCUUUAUCGACAGCCAUGCCAGAGUUGACCUUGAAAAGCGCUACCAUUUCCAAGAAAGGUUUCAAAAAAGCUGUAACCAAAACUCAGAAGAAAGAAGGGAAGAAGCGGAAGAGAUGCCGUAAAGAGACCUAUUCCCUUUAUAUCUACAAGGUGCUGAAACAGGUGCACCCUGACACCGGCAUCUCGUCCAAGGCCAUGAGCAUCAUGAACUCGUUCGUCAACGACAUCUUCGAGCGCAUCGCAGGCGAGGCGUCCCGCCUGGCGCAUUACAACAAGCGCUCGACCAUUAAGUCCCGGGAGAUCCAGACGGCCGUGCGCCUGCUGCUGCCCGGGGAGCUGGCCAAGCACGCCGUGUCCGAGGGCACCAAGGCCGUCACCAAGUACACCAGCUCCAAGUAAAACGAUUCCCGACACCAGACAAGCUUUAUAACCCAAAGGCUCUUUUAAGAGCCACCCACAUUUUCCAAAAGACUGUAGGCUCUUAGUUGUACUG